AUGGGAAAGUCAAGAGUGACACCUUCAAAACCAGUGACUAUACCAAGGCUAGAGUUGACUGCGGCAGUGGUAGCAGUGAAGUUGGGUCAGUUUGUGAAGACUCAGCUGGAGUACAAAAUUGAUAGAGUAAUUUAUUGGACCGACUCAAUGUCAGUGUUGCAGUAUAUCACUAAUACGACAAGACGCUUUCAUACUUUUGUGGCGAAUCGUCUUGCUGUUAUUCAUGAGGGAUCAGAGCCUUCGCAGUGGAGACAUAUUGACACGAAAUGUAACCCGGCUGAUAUUGCAUCUCGAGGUUUGAAACCGUAUCAGUUGGACAAGGCAAAGAUUUGGUUUGAGGGACCUGUUUUUUUGAUGAGAGAAGAAAGCCUAUGGCCAAAAUCAAAACCUAUUCGUGGCAUAUUAAAUAAUGACCCUGAAUUGAAGCAAGAUUUAUCUGUGUAUUGUGUCAAAGAUAACUUGAAGGAAAAUCCAAUCAAGCAUUUGCUUUCGAGAUACUCUACUUUGGAGAAACUUCAGAGAUCGACAGCUUGGCUUUUGAGAUAUCGAUCUUAUCUCAGAUGGAAGGUGGCUAAAUCUCGAGGUGAUGGAGAUGUCGGUCAGCUGAAAACAGGACAUUUUGAGAUUUGUGAAUUACACUGUGCAAUUGAUUGCAUAGUAAGAUUUGUGCAAAGAGAGCAGUUUGGAAAACAAAUCGAUGCUUUGCAUAAUCAUUCAUCUUUGGAAGAAAAGAUUGUCAGGACGCCAAAGAAGUCAUUAUCAAGAAAUGAGCAGAUGAGAUCAAUACAGAAACUGAAUCCUAUUGUUGUGGAUGGGAUCUUGAGAGUUGGUGGUCGUCUUGAUCGUUCACAUUUGCCAUUGGAAAGUAGAUAUCCAGUAAUUUUGCCGAGUGAUAGUUAUGUUACUAAUUUGGUGAUUGACAUGUAUCAUGAAAGAGAAGGUCACAGUGGUACUUUGCAUGUUUUAUCUGCAAUUCGUGAGAAAUUUUGGAUUAUUAAGGGACAUGCAACUGUGCGUCGAAGAUUGAGCAAAUGUUUUACUUGCUGUCGAUGGAACUCUAAGGUGGGGGAGCAAGUGAUGGCACCGUUACCAAAGGUUCGAGUGACACCUAGUGAUCAUGCUUUUAUGGAAACUGCCUGUGAUUAUUUUGGACCAAUAUUAGUGAAGAGAGGCAGGAGUGAGGAGAAAAGAUAUGGAUGUAUGUUCAGUUGUAUGGCCACACGAGCGGUUCAUAUCGAGAUUGCUAAGUCACUGGAUACUUCAUCGUUCAUAAAUGUGUUUCAGAGAUUUAUAAACAGACGUGGACGACCAAGGAAAAUGUACAGUGAUAAUGGAACAAACUUCAUUGGUGCUGAGAGAGAACUUCGUGAAGGGAUUCAAAAUUGGAAUCAAAAUCAAAUUUCUAAAGUUAUGCAACAGCAAAACAUUGAAUGGUGUUUUUCUGUACCUUUGGCUUCACAUACAAAUGGAGCAUGGGAAAGAAUGAUAAGAUCUUUUCGAAAAUUGAUGAGAGCAAUUGCUGGAGACGACUUUUUUUUACGUUGA